AAUCCUUUUCUUCUCCCUUGCAGCCUUGUGUCGGCUAUCACUGGCGAUUCUCCUUUGAUCGGUCGCCGAGGAUUUAGACAAUGGCCAGUACAGAACAGCUAACAAAUGUUGGCGCCCUUCGGGGUCACAAGGACUGGGUGACGCAGAUUGCCACCACUCCUCAGGUUCCUGAUAUGAUCCUGUCUUCCUCAAGAGACAAAAGUAUUAUCGUAUGGAACUUGAAUCGCGAAGAGGGUACUGGUAAUGUAGGAGUGCCAAAACGCCGUCUUACUGGCCACAGCCACUUUGUUUCCGACGUAGUAAUCUCAUCUGAUGGCCAGUUUGCCCUGUCCGGCUCAUGGGAUCAUACUCUGCGUCUGUGGGACUUGCAGCGCGGUGUGACUACUCGCCGAUUUGUUGGACACACUAAGGAUGUCCUCAGCGUUGCUUUCUCUGCUGACAACCGUCAGAUCGUGUCUGCCUCCCGCGACAGAUCCAUCAAGCUGUGGAAUACCCUUGGAGUAUGCAAGUACACCAUCCAGGACGAGGGACACAGCGAGUGGGUAUCAUGCGUUCGCUUCUCGCCCAACAACCAGAACCCAAUCAUCGUGUCCGCCGGUUGGGACCGUCUCGUCAAGGUCUGGAACUUGACCAACUGUCGCCUGAAGACCAACCACAUUGGCCACACUGGAUACCUCAACACCGUCACCGUCUCCCCCGACGGUUCCCUGUGCGCUUCCGGUGGCAAAGACGGUCUCGCCAUGCUCUGGGACUUGAACGAGGGCAAGCAUCUGUAUACUCUUGAGGGUGGUGAUGUCAUCAACGCUUUGACAUUCUCCCCCAACCGCUACUGGCUGUGCGCUGCAUGCGGACCCACCAUCAAGGUCUGGGACUUGGAGACCAAGAGCGUCGUUGACGAGUGCACCAUCCAGGACCCAACCCAGACCAGCUCCCAGGAGGCCGCCACCUGCACCUCCCUUGCUUGGUCUGCUGACGGACAGACUCUGUUCUCCGGAUACACCGAUGGCCUCAUCCGCGUCUGGCAGGUUACCCGUAGCGCCAACUAAGUACUGUCAGCAUUUGUUCAUGGUUCCAGUGUCCAUCUGCUGGUUUCAUUUUUUUACCUGGCUGCAGCAGCAACCGCGACAUUCGUUCAACUUUCGUUCCUUGUCGCUGUGUUUUGUCUUCCUCUACACUUCCAUCUUGCUGUCAUUGUGUGGUUCUGCUGCUGCUUUUGGCUAUGUGGGUAGGCGGCAUGCAUGCACAUACCAAUGCUGCUGCUACUCUGCUCAACAUCAUAACAAAGAGGGAGAAAGAAGAAUCUAAUAACAGAA